AGCUGAUAUGGAAGAAAAUAAUUUAGACAGUCCUGAGAAGAUAGAUGAAGGAUCCAAGCUAGGCAAUUAUAUUAUCAGUAAAACCAUCGGAGAGGGAACCUUCGGCAAAGUCCGCCUUGGUAUUCACACCCUUACUAACGAAAAAGUAGCUGUGAAAAUAUUAGAAAAAGAGAAGAUUAAGGAAAUCGCUGAUGUAGAAAGAGUAACUAGAGAGAUUUUUAUACUCAAAUUAAUCAGACAUCCUAAUAUUGUUCAACUGUAUGAGAUUAUUGAAACUCCUAAAAAUUUGUUUUUCAUCAUGGAGCAUUGUGCAAAAGGGGAAUUAUUCGAUUAUAUCGUGGCCCAAGGACGUCUCAAAGAGAAAGAAGCAUGUAAAUUCCUGCAACAGAUCCUCUCAGGUGUGGAAUAUAUUCAUAAGCUAAAUUUUGUCCAUCGAGAUUUGAAGCCAGAAAAUUUACUUCUUGAUGAAAACAUGAAUAUCAAAAUAGUUGAUUUUGGUUUAAGUAAUAUUUUCCAAGAUAAAGAAAUGCUAAAAACUGCUUGAGGGUCUCCUUGCUACGCUGCUCCAGAAAUGGUGGCUGGAAAGAAAUAUGCUCCCUCUUGAGUUGAUAUAUGGAGUUGAGGUAUAAUCCUGUAUGCAAUGAUCUGCGGAUAUCUUCCAUUCGAGGACCCAGAUACAUCUAAGCUCUAUCAAAAAAUCUUAUCAGGAGACUUUGAAGUUCCAGAAUUCAUGACUCCUCUUGUUGAAGACAUUCUUCACAAAAUUCUAAAUACAGAUCCCAAAGAAAGAUAUACAAUUGAUGAGAUCAGGAAGCACAAAUGGUUCCUGAAAUAUCAUUCCAAAGAACCACAAAAGACUGGAAUCUAUGUUGGAUACAACAAAGUCCCCAUCGAUAACGAAGUUAUCAGAAAGCUAGAAGACUUCAGUAUUAGUCCUGGUUAUGCCCAAAAACUUCUUGGUUGUUCUCAUAAUGACAUAACAGCUUGUUAUUAUCUUCUGAUGAAGAAGCUCAAUAAGCAAUAUUUCCCAGAUGACAAUGAAAGCCCGAGAACUCUGAAAAAGAAACGGAGAGAAAAUGAAGAACAAAAGUAUGCAGUCUCACUUCUCGAAGAAGCUAGGAGGAAGAGCAGUAACAAGAAUAGGACAUCUAGUUCUAAAGAAAGAAUUUCACAAGUGAAAUAUACAGGCGAUGAACUCAAUAGCACUACUAGAAAAGAUCCAGACGAUUCAAACCUUUCCUCGCCUAGGGAUUCUGGUGUUGAUAAUAAGGUUGAAGUUAGCAGAAGAGUUGACUCGAAUGACACAGAAACUCGAAGUAACUACAAUAAGAAUAAAGAGAGAUCUGCAACCCAAUAUCGGAAGAGAAGCAACGACCAGAGUGACAAAUUAUCCCUCAACGAUCGUCUUUGUAAUUCAAAUGUAAAUAAAAGAGGAAGGAAGGACUCACAAGAAGUCUAUAAGCCAAAGCCUGAGAAAACUAGAGUUAGUUAUAAUGAGUGGAGCAGCAAAGGAAAUGUAAUUGCUACAUCUCCAAAUAAAUUUCCUACCAAUAAAGAUCAAUCAGAGUAUAAUUAUUAUGAAAAACUCGGAGGAAAUGCUGGGCCAGAACUGAAUAAUGCCCAAAAUUUGAAACUUUCAGAUUAUUUAAAAAUAUCUGAACCUAAAGAAGAUGAUAUCCAAAAUGAAGUCUUUAUGGGAAACCAGAUUCUCCCUGAUGAUAGUCAGAAAUAUGGAUCGAAUAUCUCAUUUGAAAGCCUAUCUGCUGUAGCCAAGAUAUUUAGUAACAAUUUUAAAGUAGAAAGAGACCUUGAAUUUGAUCUUGACGAUGAUAAGAUAAAUAGAACGAAUAUCGAGGAAGUCACUGAAGAAGAAAUUCUUAGCACAGCUGAGAAGGAUACUCAUAAAGAGCAUUAUCAAGCCCAGAAGGAAAAUAUGCAAAGUAAUAUCUUACUGAUCAAUGCCAUAAAAUAAUGCUGCUAAAAAGAAGGCUGUGCACCAGAAUUCAGAUGCGAUUUCGAACUCGGUUAUCAUAGAGAAUGAUAAAAUCAAAUACAAUAAAUCUAAGAGAUCAAAAUAUCCUCGAAUGAAUGUUUCUAAUAGAAAAUUUACUAUAAAAGGUAAAAAGGAUCCAGAAUCACAACUUCUGUACAAUGAAGAUUAUAAGGACUACAUUCCUAAGAAAAGAAACACUACCUCAAGCAAAAGAGGUAAUAGUGGAAGCCGAAGGAGCAAGAAGAAUCUCAAACAUGAUGGCAAGGUUAGUAAUAGGAAGACAAACCUUCUGUGACAUGGUUAUAAGGGGUCUCAUAAGAGGUCUCAAUCUUUGAACAAGUCAAAUACUGAUUCAAGGUAUAAGAGUGUUCCUCAUAGUAGUUAUCAAAAUGAUAAUGAGAAAUUCAGGAAGAUUUUUGCAAAAACCAAAUUCAAUACUAUUGUAAAUAACAGAACUCCUCAAAUCAGUCGAGGAAAGAACAAACAUAAUGACCCUAAACUUGAGUUGAGUCUUAGAAAUGCGAAGAAGAAUCUUCACAACUACUUUAGAGAGAGUAAUAACUUUGCAUCUCUUACAGGAAGGGAGAAAGGCAAAGCAUUGGCUAAAAAGGGGAAUAAGAAGAAUGAAUCGAUUAAGAAAACAAAAAUAAAAGGAAAUAAAACAAAAGACAGACAUGGAAGGUUCAUAUCUCCUGCUUUUAAAUGAGGUCGUAGCCACUCGAGAAAAGUUGAUAAUAAUCCUCCUGGAAAAGGAAAUUUCAUGGCUCUCAAUAAAAUUCAAAAUUUACUUACAAAUAUACGGACCUCAAGGUCUAACAAAGUGUCUAAGGCUGGUACAGAAAGUGGAAAGAAGUCUAGUGCUUACAGGAAUGAUGCCACUGGAUAUAAAUCGACUUUAGAACCAAAGGCUAACAAAUACAAGCAUUAUAACAACCUGAACACGAUAAAUCACAAUGAUUUUUAUGAUGGAAUUAACUCUUCAACAAAAUAACCACAAGAAGAACAAAGCUCUGAAGUAUUUCAAUGGGCCAGGAAGACAGGUAUUCCAUCAAUUGUGAAAUAAGAUGAGAAAGUAUGAGAACUUGAAAUCUCUCUAUGCCUCUAGUGAGACUAUCAAGACCUCUCUAAAUACAUCUUCGCUUGGCAAGAGCAAAAUUUAUAACUCAAAAAGUAAAAAUGAGAAAAAGGCUAAAACCUCUUUGAAUAAUGAUAGAAUGAUGAAGAAGUAUCAGAAAGAGAUCACCUUGAUAGCAAAGAGGAAGAGGGAGUACGCUCUAGCACAAGCAAAGGCUAAUAAUCACACUAAUAAUGUAAAUACAACAGCUUCUACCAUUUUGAUGAGCCUUGCUGGAGCUAAUGCUAAUAAUUUGAGCAUUACCGAAUAUCCUGGAUUCAAUGAAUCUCUUGCAUCUCUGAAUCAUGAUUUUGGAAAAGUCAGGAUUGGUGAAUAUGUCCCACAAAACAUCUCUCACAAGAAUAUGAGCAAAAUGAAAGUAGGACGGAACAGCACUAAGAAAUUCCUCAGAGGGGUUCAUACAGAAAUUAGGAAAAAGCAGAGCGGAAGUGUGGAUAGGCGCAAGUCCCACGACCAGAGAAGGGCAUCUGGCUCUCGCAAAAGAUCUGAAGAAAAUCGUAGGAAGAGCAAUAAUAAAUGAAAAAGAGGUAUUAUUGAGAAGAACCAGCUUGGUAAGAGGAAGAUAAUAGCUACAGAAAUAUUUUAA